CAAUACGCACAGCACUGGACCAGGAGUAAACCAGCCAGCCAGCCUUCAUUAGUGAUUCGAACGUCGGUCAGUGCGGUUGUCAGUGUGCUGCGAUAUCUCCGUCUGUGCGGUUUUUCGGUAACGUCACAGAAGAUUUUGGAGGUAAUUAUAUUGAAGAAGCAGACCAGAGCACAGAGUUUUCAACACAGUGAAUCGAGCCAAGAAAGAGGGAAAUUCCCGGUGGGUUUAUAUGUUGCAUUGCGUGCGAUAGGGCAAGAGUGGAAUAAAGUGUAUAAAACAAACAAGAAGAAGUUGAGUAUCAAGUGUUUGAUAAGUGUCGUGCAUACGAGUUUUACAAUAGGAAAAAAGAACAGUGUGCAAUCACUUUUGAAGGUACAAAGUGGUGUUUUCUGGGCGGCAAGAUUGAGCGAAUAAAUUUCGACGGUCAAACAAAACCGGCUGACAAGCCCCGACCGGUCAAGCUGGCGGAAAUGUCGACGGAGCGGGAACUAACCCCAGGUGGACCUCCGCAGAUGCUGCCGCUUUCCUACUCGGAUUUGGCUAAUCACAUCCAAUUGAAUGGAGUCAACAUUAUCAGCAAAAAUUUCAGUGAAACACCAUGGAAUACUUCGCCGCCAAGGCCUCCAAGUCCGACUCAGUCGCAGACCAGCUUCGAUACACUCUCACCUCCUCCAGCUGGUGCCACCGUGAAUCCCACAACAGUGUCGACCACAGCCGGAGCGCAGAAUGUGGCUACCAGUGCUCUCGGGGUGGUACCGGCAACACCGCCAGCUCCACCAGACCUGCCCGUGUUUACCUGUCCGAGGCGACCGAAUCUGGGCCGCGAAGGUCGGCCGAUCGUGCUCCGUGCCAACCACUUCCAAAUUACGAUGCCCCGCGGCUUCGUACACCAUUAUGACAUCAACAUUCAGCCAGACAAGUGCCCCCGGAAGGUGAACCGGGAGAUUAUCGAGACGAUGGUUCACGCUUACAGUAAGAUGUUCGGAGCACUAAAACCGGUCUUCGACGGUCGGAAUAAUUUGUACACCCGGGAUCCCCUACCAAUCGGGAACGAUCGGGUGGAGCUGGAAGUAACACUACCCGGUGAGGGUAAGGAUCGCGUUUUUCGCGUCACCAUCAAGUGGGUGGCGCAGGUUUCACUGUUCAAUUUGGAGGAAGCUCUGGAGGGUCGCACCCGGCAGAUUCCGUACGAUGCGAUUCUGGCGUUGGAUGUGGUUAUGCGCCAUCUGCCGAGUAUGACGUACACUCCGGUCGGUAGAAGUUUCUUCAGUUCACCGGAUGGCUACUACCAUCCAUUGGGAGGUGGCCGUGAGGUUUGGUUCGGUUUUCACCAGAGCGUACGUCCGUCACAGUGGAAGAUGAUGUUGAAUAUCGAUGUCUCGGCAACUGCUUUCUACAAGGCGCAACCGGUGAUUGAGUUCAUGUGCGAAGUGCUGGACAUCAGAGAUAUCAACGAGCAGCGCAAACCGUUAACCGAUUCUCAACGGGUGAAGUUCACCAAGGAAAUCAAGGGUCUUAAGAUCGAGAUCACCCAUUGCGGUACGAUGCGUCGUAAGUACCGCGUCUGCAAUGUGACCCGUCGACCCGCACAAAUGCAAUCUUUCCCGCUGCAGCUAGAGAACGGCCAGACAGUGGAGUGCACCGUGGCGAAGUACUUCCUCGACAAGUAUAAGAUGAAGUUACGCUAUCCGCAUCUACCGUGCCUUCAGGUCGGCCAGGAGCAUAAGCACACUUAUCUACCGUUGGAAGUUUGUAAUAUUGUCGCUGGUCAGCGCUGCAUAAAGAAGCUCACCGAUAUGCAGACUUCAACCAUGAUCAAGGCGACAGCUAGAUCCGCUCCAGAUCGUGAACGUGAAAUCAACAAUCUCGUGCGUCGGGCGGACUUCAACAACGACGCUUACGUACAGGAAUUUGGCCUGGCCAUUUCAAAUAGCAUGAUGGAAGUGCGCGGUCGUGUGCUGCCACCACCGAAGCUGCAAUACGGAGGGCGAGUUUCCAGCAUGAGCGGACAAUUACCAUCUGGUCCACAGAAUAAGGUGAGCUUAGCAUUACCAAACCAAGGGGUUUGGGACAUGCGAGGCAAACAAUUUUUCACUGGCGUUGAGAUUCGCGUCUGGGCCAUAGCGUGCUUUGCGCCCCAACGAACCGUCCGGGAGGAUGCCCUGCGGAACUUCACCCAGCAGCUGCAGAAGAUCUCCAACGAUGCGGGAAUGCCCAUCAUCGGCCAGCCGUGCUUCUGCAAGUACGCAACCGGACCGGACCAGGUGGAACCGAUGUUCAGAUAUCUGAAGAAUAGCUUCAACCAGCUACAGCUGGUAGUCGUUGUUCUGCCCGGAAAGACGCCAGUUUACGCGGAGGUAAAACGAGUGGGUGAUACCGUACUGGGAAUGGCUACCCAGUGUGUCCAAGCUAAGAACGUCAACAAAACAUCCCCCCAAACUCUGUCUAAUCUUUGUUUGAAGAUCAACGUCAAGCUGGGCGGAAUCAAUUCGAUCCUUGUGCCAUCAAUCAGACCAAAGGUAUUUGACGAACCAGUCAUCUUCCUGGGCGCCGACGUAACUCAUCCACCGGCUGGCGAUAAUAAGAAGCCCUCGAUUGCGGCCGUGGUUGGCUCAAUGGAUGCACAUCCAUCGCGUUACGCUGCAACGGUUCGCGUGCAGCAGCACCGCCAGGAAAUCAUCCAGGAGCUAAGCAGUAUGGUUCGGGAGCUGUUGAUUAUGUUCUACAAAUCGACGGGAGGUUUCAAGCCGCAUCGAAUUAUUCUCUACCGGGAUGGUGUCUCGGAGGGCCAGUUUCCGCACGUGUUGCAGCAUGAAUUGACGGCAAUUCGCGAGGCUUGCAUUAAGCUUGAGUCGGAGUACAAGCCGGGCAUAACGUUCAUCGUGGUGCAGAAGCGCCAUCACACCAGGUUGUUCUGUGCCGACAAGAAAGAGCAGAGCGGCAAGUCGGGCAAUAUCCCCGCUGGUACUACGGUGGACGUAGGGAUCACGCACCCAACCGAGUUCGAUUUCUACCUGUGCAGUCACCAGGGUAUUCAGGGUACCAGUAGGCCAUCGCACUAUCACGUCCUGUGGGACGACAAUCAUUUCGAGUCGGACGAACUGCAGUGCCUCACGUAUCAGCUGUGCCACACGUACGUCCGGUGUACGCGUUCGGUUUCGAUUCCAGCGCCUGCCUAUUACGCCCAUCUGGUCGCUUUCAGAGCAAGGUACCAUCUGGUCGAGAAAGAGCACGACUCUGGCGAAGGCUCACACCAGAGCGGUUGCUCCGAGGACAGAACGCCGGGCGCAAUGGCUCGUGCAAUUACCGUACAUGCCGAUACCAAAAAAGUUAUGUACUUUGCUUAAAGUAUUUUUUUACUGUCUGUUCAGUUUUUCGCUUUACUAACUUAUAUAGGAACGUUUGUUUUUUUUUAAUAACGGUACGAUUUUUGCCUAAGAUUUUCAUCAAUUGUACAAUUACAGUAGAAGGUACUAUUAUGUUGCAAAAAUCAUUCGCUUUACGAUUUAGAAACGUAAAGUUGCAUAGUCAGGAUUAGGAGUUUCAAUUAUUUAAAUACUAUCAAUGAAGCUUAUUUUUAUUUGACUCAUCGCUUAGUUUUGGCUCUCGUAUUAAGCUACAAAGGAGAGUAGGAUAAUUAAACCUCCAGUAAAGACGAAUUAUUUACAUUGCAUAUUUAGCAGUGGCCAGAAAACUCGAGCAAUAGCAAUGCAAGCGUCGUGUCUCUAUAGAUUUGUUCCAAACGAAAAUCAUUAUUUUUUAAUUAAGUGUUAAAUAUCUGUCGCUCUAUGAUACUAACGGGCAACUCUCCGUGCGCACUUCGUAGGUUAUAUUUACUUACUUGACUAGGCAACAUGGAAAUACACACACACACAUGCAAAUACAAGGUUUCUUUCGUAGCAUAAGUUCACAUUUUGCUCAAAGACAUACACGCAUCUUAUAGGUUUCGAAUUGCUUUAAUCCAAAAAAUAUUAGAAAAUGAGAACCAAUUUCAAAGUGUCUAAUUUAGUUUUAAACUCUUAGCAAACGUAACUACUGUAGGGAUGUCUGUACCCAGCUUUACAUCGUAUGUAUCAACCAGAACUAGCUUUUAAGUCAAGAGGCUUUCCCACAUAAAGUGAACAGAAACGCAUGUUUCAAAAAAGUUAACACUUAUCAUCAUUACUUAGCGUUUUAGCGAUCAUGGUUAUAUUUCGUUCGAUAGUAGUACAUACCUUUAUUGUAUUUUUCUGUAUUUCACUUAAAUCGUGUAAGAAGAAACUCUACCGAAACAAGGAACUAAACUUUCUAAUAAAAUGAAAUGUAAGCAGCUUUAAAACCAAAUCUCUUUAGAAAAAACAAAAGGUAACUAAUCAAGAAAACUGUUUAGGGAACAAUCUCAUCUCCGUGCGCAAUAGAAUAACUUUUAGACAUUCCUAAAGUCGGACAAUCGCUGUCGCGGUCGAACAAAAUAAGCCCAACCUACGGUGUAGAAAAAAAAAGAAUAUCGCAAUGCUAUCACGUUUGUUUAUGUUAAUGUUUUUUAGUUUAUUUUUGUAAUGGCAAAACGACGAACCAAGCAAAAAGUACUCAAGCAGUUUAACUUAUGGAUGUGAAACGACCGCGGAAAUAUAAAUAACAAGUAAACAAACAAGGGAAUAAUUUUAUAAGUAGUUAAAAUCUUUUACUUUUUCUCCGCCGUUGCCGUGCGCAAACAACAGGCGAAUCACAACGGUGGAGUACUCAAAUCUGUUAUAAUUGAAUUUUCUUUUCUGCUGGCAAGAGGAGAAAAGCCAAACCCAAGUGAGAACCCGAGAGCGAACGUAAACUCCUUGAUGAAAGAUCAAAAAACAUGCCAGGUUAAGCCACUACACUUCAAAUAUGGGAAAACUAAUAAUUAUUCGAUGCUAGUGUGUAGGACACAGUAGCGUAGCGGUUGUUAGUCGUACGCUCUAAAUAGCUAGCUAGUAAGUCAUGCCACAAAGCGAGGAAGAAGUCUAACACCGUUACUAUCGUAGGUUUAGGAUAGAAUAUAAACACAACAAGGCAAAAAUCCUCUUUCAUGAGCCAAUUUCUCGAUGUAUUAUAUAUAUUCAAGCAGGAUCGAAGGAACACAAUUGCAUAAAUUGACUACACGAAAACACACACACAUACGCAUACAUAUACACCGCUACCAAUCACUGAUGUAGCAUAAUGUUUGCUGGAUUGCAAUGGCAAGCAUUUAAUACACGAAGAAUAAUAUUUUAGGUGAGUAAGAUUUUUAACAGAACAAACUCAGAACUAUUUUAAACUGUUUGGAAGAACGUGUGAUCGACGUGAAAGAAUAACUGCACUCGGCAGUAAUAGAUUACUAUUCACACGUCUGCACCGGUAUGUAGCAUGCAAGAGGGCAACAGUUGUAGUCCAAAAAUUAAAAGCUAUCUGUUUUCGCUAUUUUCACUGAUUUGUAUAGGCUGAACUGACACAAUCUUACUGUUGUUUUAUCGUGAAUUUGUGAGAUCUCAUAGUUCUUUCCGUACCAUAACGUGGGAUAACUACGGAGUCCUUUUAUACAAUGUUGCAUACCACAGAUCGAGAUUAUCAAUUGUUUUCUAGAUAACCUUCUUCGAUCAAUCAUAAAACCGAUUAUUUUUUAAAAAUAAGGUGUAGACCUCGCAAGUAUGGCAAAUCUUUCCUUGUUUCCGAGCUUCAAAAGGCCGGGAGUUCCCACUGUUGUUCCAAACUUGCAAUAUACCUAUAUUUUCUGAAAUAUUUCAACAAAUGAUAUUUUUGAAUCUUACCAGAGAAUUGUCUCAAAAUCUUCACCAGUUUGAGUCGAUUCACAUUAGUUUUCCAACGAGUCCUUAUAAAAAUCUAGUAUAAACCUCGGAAAUCGUGCAGUUUUUCUUAGCAUAUUUUUCGUCAAAAAAGAUCACAUCAGCUGCUAUAGAUAUAUAUCGCCAGAUGUACUUCAUUUUUCCAUUGUUUAGAAAACAGCUCGUGUAUAGUCAGGUUUCAAUGUGCCAAGUGGCGGCCAAAUCAUAAAAAAAAAGUUAGAUCACUCUUUCCUUAGUUCUGUGCACUCUUUUCGGGUCAAGGAUCGGGCGUGGAUAUGGAAACAUUUGUUCUCAUGCCACGUCCUUCAAAACGUUGCAAUUCAAACACUUCGAACGAAAUGCCGGAAUGCACCAGUAAGAUUAUUCAUGAUUUCGACUAGAUCUUUGCUUUUAACGAUCUUCAGCCCUAACGGCGAUCAGAUCUCGCUUUAAUAUCAUUCUGUAGCAUUAAUUGCAAACCAAAAAGCGAACCUACCCUAGCACUAAUUCAAUCAAGGUUUACAACUACUUGUGUAACAGCAAAAAAAAAUCUGAUCCGAACGCAAAAUAGGCGUGCUUUUACUGAUGGCCAGGUGUAUAUUUUUAGCACAUAAGCUCGUCGUAUGUCUAAACAGAAUGAUCAUGAUAUAAGAUAGUAACAUAACAUUGAGACACGAAACAUAAACCGGGAAAUUUCUAUUCAAUGUUAGAAUGUACUUUUUUGUAAGUUAUGAAUAAAGCAAAUUUAAGCCAACAAUUAUCCUUAACAAGUAACCCAGCAGCAAGGCGGUGAAUAAUUUAUCUAUAGACUUAAGAGAGAAACGAAUCAAGAUAUCAAACAGAUAGAUGGAGGGAGUUGCAGAGUCGUAUCAAGGUAGAUAAUAACUAGGCGAGAGAGGGAUACACGAUAGCUACAAUAAUAUACACACACAUACACUACUACACAUAGUCGUAAUCAUCAACAAAACAAGGGAUUUUUCAUUGCUAACUAGAGUAUAAGCGUUGAAUGGCUAGUGGAUUGAAAGGCGGACAUUACGUGGUCAAACUGGCAGCGGAAAGCUGGAGUCCACUGGACAGAAAGUGAUUGAGAAACCAAUACAUUGCAACCGAAAACACAAAAUAAAUACAAUAACUUAUGCUUGAAAUUAUUUUAUCGGAAAUAUUUAGUUAAACUAAUUUGUAAGUGCUAGAGAAAUUCUGAAGAAGAAAAAAAUUGAGCCAACCAAGCAAAAGAGUGGAACCAAUUGAAUUACAAAAACACCAUCGAAGCCAAUUGAUAAACGUACGCAUAAUUGAUUUUCAUUAUAGUAGACAAAUGAAUCCAUUUAAAUAUCAACAUGUUAGUAAGCGCCACCGAUCACAGAACAGCGCAAAACAGCAGGUUUCCUUCUUCUUUAAAUUCAUGUUUUAAACGAACGACUUUUUUCACGCCUAUACACAGCCAAAAACCAUAAAAAAAUAACCAAAAUGUUUAUCUGUUAGUUUGAUUUCAUUUCGACGUUGAUUUAAUACAAGGGAGAGGUAAAGAAGAGAGUGUAAAGCAAACGAAAAACAUGGAUUUUAUGGAAUCAGAAUAUAGAAUAAACUGUUUCAAGUUUAGAAUAAUUGUAAA